AUGACUGAAAAUCGUCCAGGUUUGUCAAUAUUAGGUGAAGAUGAAGAACGAUCAGGUAUGGAUAUAAAUACUGGAAUAAUUACUCGUGAUGAUCAACAAGAAGAAUUAGAACCAUUAGAUGAACUUGAAGAUAUUGCACCAAGUGUAAAAACUGAUGCAAAUAAAUUUCGUAUGUUAUGUGAUAAUGUUCAAAAUAGUUAUUCUGAGAUUGAUAAUUCAAUGUUUGAAUUACUUGAAUUAAAAGAUAAUUUACUUCUACAGUUUUUACCACCAAAUGUUUCAACACGAAUAACAAUUGUUAUAUCACGAUUAUAUCGUGCUUAUUCAUUAUCUCAAGUACCUAUUAAUGAACUUGUUCGUCUUGUUCAAUUAUAUAGUCAACCAUUUGAUAUGAAAAGUAUAGCACUAAAAAAACUCUAUGAUAAUAAUGAAAUGAAAAAACGAAUGCUUAAUAUUGCUUUACAAAGAUUAACAUCAAUGGAAAAUAAUACUAAGCAUCAUCAACAUUUAAGAUGUAUUAAUAAUUGGGAGAAAAUGUAUAUUCGUCUUGCAUUACCACGAUCAAAUGUACGCAAAUGGAAAUUUCGAUUAAAAACAUUUCGAGAAACAGCUCAGCUUGGUUAUGAACAUGUUAUUGAAUGGUUACAUGCUACUGUACCUCGUCCAUCAUCGGGUGCAGAAGAUGUAUCUAAAGAUGAACCUCUUGAUGAUGAAGAUGAAAUUGGUGAUGUUGAUCAAGUUGAAGCAUUAGGUGAUAUUGUUAGUGUACCAGAAAUCGAUGAACAACAGCGAAUAGAACAAGGUUCAGAUUUUGGUGAUGAAAUUGGAAGUGAUAAUGAAGGAAGUUUCUUGAGUAGUGCUGGAAAACACAGAGCCAAACAAUUAGUUGGAUCAGCUGAAUUUAAAGAAGUUAAACAAACACAACAACAAAUAGUUGUGCCAAAAGUUGAUGUUGAUAUACAAGUACGACCUAGUGUAGAUGAUCAACAAACAUCAACUGGAGAUAUUCUAUCAACAAAAUCACUUAUCAUACGUAUAUAUCGACCUGUCGGACUUUUGAAAACAAAAUUUCAAUGUAUCAUUCAUGCUCACCAACAAAAAUAUACAACAACUGUAUUCAUAUUUGAUAAACCAAAUACUUCAAAAGAUGAUAAUACAAAAAAUAAAGGACGAUUAUCAACUAAUCGAGUAACAAAACCUGUUGAUCCAAAAACUAAAAAACGUAGUGGAGAUUCAACAACGCCUGAUGAUGUUGAUAUAAAUACUAUUGAUAAACAACAAUUUGAUGAAUUACUUAUUCCAAUGCCAAGUGUUCUUAAACGUCGAUCAUUAUUUGAAACUGAAAUUGAUCCUGAUGCUAUACAAAUAGAUCUUCUUGGCGAUGAAAAACUCUGUGGAUCAUUAAUACUUUCACCUGAAGAUUUACGAAUGCUUGAUCUACCCAAUUUGCAUAGUCCAACAUCUGCACCUUUGAUAACUAUUGAUGAUAGUGUACCAAAUGUAUCAAAACCCGUAUUAAAAAAUGAUCAACUUGAUUUUGACCAACAAUCAAACGAAGUUUAUAAAUCAUGGAUUUCUCGUACACCACAAACAUUUACAGCUUAUAAUGACAAACGUGAACCUAUUGCUAAAUUACCUUUACAUAUGUUUUGGUAUAAUAAAGUUCAAAUAACUCAUGCAACAAAAUGCACAAUGACUGCUCCUAUGGAAGUUCGUGUACCAACACCUAAAACAGUGUAUGUUCCUCAAAUGUUAACUCCAGUUGAAACACAUGAAAAAGCUGUAUCACCCGUUGUAACAACACCAACAUCAGUUAUUGAGCAAAGUACAGAACCAGCUCCUAGUCGUUUAACAAUGGUUGAUGAUCAUGUAGAAAGUAUUAAAGCAACUUAUGAAGAUAAAAUAAAUAAACUUCAUGACAGUUAUCAAGCAGAAAUUCGUCGAUUAACUAAACUUCUUAAUGAAAUAUCAUCUCGGCGUUCAAGUCAAAUGGCUGACUUAUCAGAAUUGGAUGAAAAUAUUCGUGAAAUUGUUGAAGAAGAACCAUCCAAUAUAAAUACACGACGACAAGUCAGACAACAACCAAAACGUGAAAUGGCUAUCGAAAAUCAACCAGUACCAACUUAUGGUAAAGGUCUUCCAAAAAAAUUUCUCGAUCGUUAUCAUAUGUUUUUGGAACGUAGUAUGGCACAUCGUAAUCAAUUAAUAUCUAAAGUUGAACAAGAAACAGCACGUACAACAGAACGUCAAAUGGAAAUUCAACAUCGAUUACAUAGGCCAGAACAAAAUGAAGAACGUUAUGAUGAUUUAUGUUUACCUGCGGUUUUUAUGCCUUUUCGUUCGGGAAAUGUUUUUAACCCAAGAGCUUAUCGAUUCUUUCAUCAUGUUGGUUCUUCUGAUCCUCGUCUAACUCAAACACCAUCAAUAUUUAAACUUCCACCACUUCCAUCAGGCUCUGUAUCUGUAUUAAACCUUUUUGAAUUAAGUCGAUGCUAUGAAGCUGCUAAUGGAAAAGAUCCUACUGUUGAUAAAACAACAAGUCAGUCAUCUCAACCAGCUCAACCACCAGCACCUCCAGCAACACAAACAUCGAAUUGA